ACCACUUUGUUCACCUUCCCAAUGACUGUAGUCCAGUUUUGACUCCGUUUCCUGAUUACUUUUUCACCUUCUUGUAAAGCACUGAUUGGAAACACGACACAGGAAAUUGGUGGGAAAUAGCGAUCUGAUGUGAAAGAGCCAAAUUUAAAGGAUUUAUAGCAACAUCACCAGCUUCUCAGCUGUCACCGACAGAAUUGACAGAAAUGCGGAAUGAUCUCUUUAAUAAAGAGAAAGCCAGGCAGUUAUCAUUAACUCCCCGAACUGAGAAGAUAGAAGUUAAGCAUGUUGGGAAAACUGACCCCGGUACUGUCUUCGUGAUGAAUAAAAACAUUUCAACUCCUUACAGUUGUGCCAUGCAUUUAAGUGAGUGGUAUUGCAGGAAGUCCAUUCUGGCUCUGGUGGAUGGACAGCCUUGGGACAUGUAUAAGCCUUUAACAAAGUCCUGUGAAAUCAAAUUUCUUACUUUCAAAGAUCGUGAUCCAGGAGAAGUGAAUAAGGCUUAUUGGCGUUCCUGUGCUAUGAUUAUGGGCUGUGUGAUAGAGAGAGCAUUCAAAGAUGAAUAUAUGGUCAAUUUGGUCAGAGCUCCAGAAGUUCCUGUAAUUUCUGGUGCCUUCUGUUAUGACGUAGUUUUGGAUAGCAAACUUGAUGAGUGGAUGCCAACAAAAGAGAACUUACGUUCCUUCACAAAGGAUGCUCAUGCUUUAAUUUAUAAAGAUCUUCCAUUUGAAACUCUGGAAGUUGAAGCAAAAGUGGCAUUGGAAAUAUUUCAACACAACAAGUACAAAAUAGAUUUCAUAGAAGAGAAGGCAUCUCAGAACCCUGAGAGAAUAGUCAAGCUACACAGAAUAGGUGACUUCAUUGAUGUGAGUGAGGGCCCUCUUAUUCCAAGAACAAGUAUUUGUUUCCAGUAUGAAGUGUCAGCAGUUCACAAUCUUCAACCCACCCAGCCAAGUCUCAUACGAAGAUUCCAGGGUGUGUCUUUACCUGUUCACUUAAGAGCACAUUUUACAAUAUGGGAUAAGCUAUUGGAAAGAUCUCGGAAAAUGGUAGGAUCAAAAGUUGAAAGUGGCUGCCAACUUGAUGCCCCAACGACCUGCCUCUAUAAAAACUGCAUCUGUCAGCGUGUUUCCCUUCCCUUUUACUUAAGACAGAAUUCCUUACCAUGACAGCCAUCUCCAUUGGGUGGGAGAGCCAAGGUGAAAGGUAAGGUCUCUGGUAGGUUGUUCUUGAAAUGCAGACAAGUUGUCUGGGGAAAAAGGGUUGGGGUUGAAGUUGACAAAUCACCUUAGAUGUGUUUAUUAGGUUAGUUAGUCAUCUUUGAAAGCAGGGAUCAAGGGCUGAGGAGAGAGGACCCGGGAUAGGUGGAUUUUAAUGAGAAUAAAGGGUAAUUUAGAGGAAAGAUAAGGAUGUACCCCAAAUAGUUUGAUAGUUCAAUAGUUUUUUAUUUAUAAUUUAAGCUCACACUUUUCAUGUCCAGCAUAAAGCAGCAACAAAUUAAGUAUUUAGACUAUCAUCUGAGUUUUAGUUCUCUGAGUUUCAACCUCUCUACAUGCUGUAAAAUGUCAUAUAAAGUGUUUAAUUUCUCAGAAAUUCUUCAUGAAGACUUGCAAUGUUCUCUGACAAAAAGAAAAUCCAAAUGACUGCCUUUCUAAAGUGUAUUCAUUUAUGUAAAGAUUAUCACAUAUUUUCUGUAGAAUAUGAUUCUGUGUUACAUCUCAAUAACUGACAUUAAAGAUGAGUCAACUUCUCUGCUACCAGGGAAUGAGGUAAAGAGUAUUAUGUUUCCUCUUGACUUCACGAGUUCCAUCAUUAACAAGGGAUUGAUGGUGUGACUUACUACUGAUUGAGAUGGUGGCCAACUGGCAUCACGUCUUCUGAAGUACACAAACUCAUCCUUAAAGGUAAAAAUGGAUUGUUCUGUAGGAAUAACUUAUAUCCUGAAAUCUUGGUGAAUGACAAGAUUACCACUUUUCAGAUCAUUAACUUUAGAUAUAAGAAAAAUUCCCUGAGUGAGCCAUUGCUGGGGGAAAAAUUAUAAACUUUUCAUGUCAUGAUAUUUUAUUUACUUCCAUAAAAACUUAACAUCACUUCUUGAUAUUUCUAAUUGAGAGCUCUUUAUUGAAAAAUAGCAGCUAUUUCUAAAUUAAGAGCUCCUUAUUGAAAAUAGCAGUUUGCACACACAAUAGCAUAACAUUCUUUUCUGUAUUUUGAGAAUUAAGAAAAUAAAUGUUUUUAAAGAUAUAUGCCAAUAGUGAUAUUUAACACAUAAAGGUGUGAUGUAUUUUUGAAGUGUCUUAGAAGAAAGCCAAUGUGGAUAUUGCAGGAUCACUGUGGAAAUGUGUAUCAGUGACCGUUUAGUUGUAAAUGCACAAAAGAGAAAGAAUGUCAGCCUUAGAGGAUUAUCCUGCUUUUCCCAAUUUUAGAACCAGGAAGCUUUUACUGAAAUGGCUUUGUGGAACUUACUUACAAGCUAAGUAACCUUCCCAAUAGUUUUAUUAUGGACAGUAAUUAGUGCUUUCACUUUUCUGAUGAAGAUGUGUAAAAAAAAAAAACAGGUUAGGAAUUUCCUCUCCCCAACCAGACUCAUUCUGUGGAAUAAGCAGAAGCAGGACGACAGCCAGCUGGAGUCUGACUGCAGGGACUUGCUUCCUCAACACCCUGACCUCACACUGGCUCAGUGGAAGGUCUGAACUGUGCUGAAAUGUUAUAGAACAAAUGUGAAUAAAGCUGUGGGUAGGGAGGGGAGAGCUAGUGGGAGAGAUGCAUUCUGUUGCUUUAAGUGAUGGCCAUUCUUUCUUAUUUCUUGUUUCCACAAAACGUUUUCCAUUUGCCUACAAACUUCUUAAUAUCAUAUGUCCAUAAGAGAACUGUAAUACUUUUUUAAAUUUAUAAUUUGAUUUUGAUGUCUUUUCUCCCUACUCCCAAGGAACAGAAAAUAGGGUGGCUGUUAUUGCUCUGGAGUGUUUUGUCACCCUUCCAUGAGGCCUCCUCUGUGCAUUUGAGUUCACUGUUUAUGCUCAACACUGAAUGUCAACAAAAUGCCUCAUUUGGAACUUAUUAUGUGUUACCUGUUUGUUUCUUGUAUCCAUAUGUCUCUAUCAUAGGAAAAAAUUGCUUUUCUAUUUCUGUAAGCUACAAUUUAUCUUUUUCUACUUCCACACACCAUAAUGGCCCCAAGCAAGGAAGAAUUUGUGUACUAAGAACUAUUUAAGGCAAAUGAUGUAAACAAAAGGUUUGGUUUUGCCUUUUUAAAAAUUCAUUGUCUUACACGGAUGGGAUACCCUGUGUUAUAAGGCAAAGACCAUUUACCUGUUACAUUCCCGUGGCAUUUGACCCAAUGCUUUAACAAACCAAAUGAGGGUCAUGUUCACUGCUCCACAAGAUGUCACCAUACACACUCUUAGGCACUAGAUACACCUACUUCAAGUUGUUCAAGUAUGGACCUGUCCUCUUUGCCUUCCUUCUCUUGCCCUCUCAGAUAGCGCACUCCUGGAGGCUGGUUUCUCCUCAUCUCCUGAUGGGACCCUGCUUCUCUCUCUUCCCCAAGGUGGCUAGUCCUCUCUCCAUCCUCUGUCAGAGCACUUAUCACACUGGAUGGUAAUUAUUUCAUGUGUCUCAGUGCUGAGGUGUAUGUGAUGGCAGAGACCGAGUCUUCCCUCAGUGCUGGAUAUACAGCUGACAGAUACUCACUAAAUACUUUUGAAUAAAUGUUUGAGAGUCUCCAAAGGCAUUUCUAUCUGCACAGUGGUCUUUUAUUUGGCACUGGAGCAUUUCAGGACUUAACUGAUAUGCAGGUUCUUGGAGAAUUUAGUAGAAGCUUACAAAUGUGGAGAUAUAUUAAUAAGAUUUGUUGGCAUUCCAGAUUGGCAGUGGACCCUUUUUAGAAGAUUCCAGGCUUGGAUCUCAGUCUGUCAAGUAUAAGAAACAGAGUAAAGCUGGAGAAUACUAGUAGAAAUCAUCAUCUGGACUUGUGGGUAAAAAUUAAGUUUCAUCCUUGAUUUUUAAAAUCACUCUUGGAUGCCAUAAUCAUGUGUUUUCAUUGCAUAGAACCAUGUACUUGUUCUUAGGAGAUCCAUGCUCAAGCAUUUAGAAGUUAGAUGCCAGGUUUGCAUAUAGAUAUAGACAGAGAGAGAGAUGGGUAGGGAUACAGAGAGAUAAGCCAAUGUGGCAAAUAUUAACAAUUAGCAAAUCUAAUUGAAAAGUAGGAAUGUUCAUUGUUCUGUCAUUUUCAGCUUGCCUGGGUUCCAUUCCAGACCCCACCAGUGUUACUAGCUGUUUGGUAUUUGGCAAGUUAAUAAACCUCUUUAAGGCUUAGUUGCUUCUCUGAAAAUGGAGAUAAAGGUAUAACCUACUCAAAAAGUCUUUGUGAAGAUGAAGUGACGAUGCAAAACAUUUAGUUGGGUGCCAGCCUCAUAAUCAGGGCUCAAUGAAUGUUAGCUGUGAUACUAAUGACAUCAGUCAUCAAUGCUUAGUGAGUACUUUGUAAGUACCCUACAUCUAUCACAUGUUACACUUGCAUUUUAAAAGAACAAGCCCAGAUACGUUUACCACUGUAUAAUUGAACCAUUAUAUCAAUUAGAGGUUAUCUACAAGCAGGUAAAAGCCAAGUUAAAAUAAUUAUUUGGUUUAUCCUAAUCUUUAAGUCUUAAAGUAACUGCUAAAAGGUACACCAAAAUGUUUUCUUGGAAAUAAUUUUCAGAAGUAUUUUAGUAGUUUUUCUUUUGGUUAAGGAGAAGGAUAUGCAUUCUGAAACAAAAUUCUAAAAACCAAACAACUUUUUACUGUGUCAGUGUGGUCUCUGAAAAUUCAUGACACAGUAAAAUGUCUUUAAAACAUCUUUACUUUCUCAGACUGCAUUUGUAUCUCACCUUCCAAACUGAUUUCUUAUAAUACACAAGAUCAUCUACUGAAACAAAAUAAUAGCAAACACUUACACAGAGCUCCCUCUGUGCCAAGCACCUAAGUGUUUGAUGUAUACUAACUCAGUUAUUCCUCGUCACAACCUUAGGAAUGAGUAUUCACACCCUCCCCAUUGAAACACAGGGGCCUUGAGGCACAGGCAGGUGAAGUAACUUGUGCAAGGUUAAUCAGUGGCUAAGGAGCAUGCUGCUGGGAUGCCUACCUGGGCAAUCUGGCACCUGUUUCCCAUGCUUGGAACCAUUAUUUGUGUGAGCAUAUAAAGGACCAUAGCAUUUUGUUAAGACAGCCAGGAACUUAUAAUUUGUGUAGAACACUCUUGUUUAUGGAGAACUGGCAUAAAUGUCAUUGUAGGGCACUGUUUCACCUUAUCCAAACAUCAGCCUCACAAUUUCAUUAAAUCAGCCAUUUGAUAUUCUUCACUAAUCUUUCCUUCUGCCAGUGCCUUAACCCUGUCUACCCACACAAGGUAGCAAUAUCUGUGCUAAUCUGUCCUAACAAUUAGCACAGAUAUUAGUGAUCUGUGCUAAUUGAUUAAUAUCUCUGCUAAUUGUUUCUCAGAAUUAGCACAGAUAUUCACAAUCUGUUUUAAACUACAGCCACUUAAGCUAUGUUAAGCCUCACUUUCUGGUGAGUGUGUCACUGUGUGUAAGGGUGGUAAUUUUAGGAAUCACAUCUUCUUCCACAUUGCUGAGAGCCUUGGACUUGUGAGUGAGGAUGCUGAACUGCUCAGACAUAUGAUGUGCUUAUUUGAGGAUAGAUGUGCUUUUGCGCUGGUUUUGCUUGAGGCUCUGAAUAUUGUAAGCCCAAAUACAUUGAUUGACGGACAGAACUUAAGUGUUUCAGGGCAGAUGAGAAUUACAUAGCAGUGAUCAUAUUAAAAGAAUUGUAUUUCCUUAAGAGUCUGAGAUAAGAAAAAUUUUUUCAUAUAUAUAUGAAACUCAUAUAUGAAAGUUGUAGCUACUGAGAGGUGGGAUAAAAAGAGCCUUUUAAAAUGGUAAUAUUUUUCCUUGAAAAGUAGUGUUUCACAAUUUUUUAAUUCUAUCUAAUUUAAGGAAACAUGUAACAGUUUUGAGUCCAGUAAGAUCAGUGAAAGAUAAAAAUACAUUCUAUAGUGAAUUAUAGUGGUACUUACUUUGACUUACUUUGGACAUAGAGGAUAUAAAUUCACUAAGACCAGCUGUGUCUUAGGAGGUAUAUGAAAGUGAGCUUGGUAGUUACACUGGAAUCACAGAAUUUCAUCAGUGUAAGGGAUUUUAGAAAUGGUUCAGUCCCUGCCGCCCAUCAACCACCCAUCUUAGAGAUGAGCAAAAUGAGGCACAGAACUCUGCAGAGUUGGUCCUAGAAACAAACUGUGGUUCUCAGGCUGGUGCUCCUUCCCCAGUAUUAGGCUUCUGCAGAGUGGCAGCCUGAUAUCAAAACAAUAAGGCUGUUAAAAUCAAUAGCUUCAGCUAAGCAAUAGCCAAUGACUAACAAAAAUGGAGACACCAGCUAGUUAAGGGCACUAGCUGGUGCCCAGUCCAAGAGAUAGAGGUGCCCAGUCCAAGUGAAGGGCAAGAGUCUACAUACCACUUUCCUCUAUUCAAGCUAUUUAUGCCUACUAGGUUUAGAAUACUGAUUAUGAAAGUGGACCCCCGAAGAGGGUCAUGGCUGAGAUUCAAGGAAGCCUCUAGCCUGCUGACAUCGAAUGCAAAAUGCUGUGUGAGGAUGCACAUUAACAAAAAUUUUCUGGGAAGAGCAUAUAAAAUUUCCAUUAGCUUCUCAAGGAGGAAGGAAUAAAGGAUUUUAAUAACUGUUACUCUAAAAUGAAAGAAUUCCUUUAAAUUGAAUGGCAGAUCUUAGUCAUGACAUGAAAAGCUGAUUAAAAAAAAACUUUUCAAAAGUUAAAACCUAGGGCUUUUUGGGGUAGAUUUUUUUAUUUAUAGAGGACUGGUAAGAUGAGGUAUUUAAAGAUGAAGGUUACAAAUUUUCCAUGUUGGCACAUGGAAAGUAAAGAAUGGCAAAAUUUGUAGCACAUUCUAAUUAGUUCAAGUAUCUAUGUUAUCAAAAUUGAAAUGAUAUCAAAUUGCACAGCAACGUCCUGAUGGCCUUUCCUCUAACUUUCUGGGUUUGUAAGGGUAGGGUUGUGCCUAUCCUGCUCACCUUUGUCUCUCCAGUGUCUAGCAUAGCGUCCAGCACAGGCAGACAAUGAUGACUUUUUUUUUUUUUUUUUUUGGUAAAGACCAGCAAAUUACACUUUUUACACAUGACUAGGUUAAAACAAAAGUAGACAUUUGUGCAAACACCACUGUUCUCCCUUGAAGUGGUUGUAGGUCUCAGACAGUGCUAAUUUUUCUCUUUCUUAAUGUGUGUGGUUAGGAAGCUGGGUCCUGUGGCCAGAGUGAGCUGACCCACUAUGUGAGGAAACUUGCUUAUCACAGCCUAAUAAGGAGUAGUCCUUGCGGCAGAAGUAAUUACUAAAUGUGCUUUGGUCAUUUGACAGAAAUCAGGGAGGCAGCAAGGAGUCAUGGAAAUGAGCCCAAACUGAGAGUCAAAACCCUGUGGUCCGCCGACACCCCCAUCCCACAUCCGUACCUAAAAGCAGGCUGUGCACUAGGGACCUAGUGACCUUACUAGAAAAAACUCAAAUUCUCCGAGCCACAAGUCCUCAUGGGCAAAAUGUAGAUACCACCACCUAACCCUGCCAAUUUCCUAUCAUUGUGACUAUCAAAUUAAACCACAGGCAGGAAGUUGCCUUGAAAACUUUUUAUAGCGUAUAUUACUGUUCACAUAGAUAAGCAAUUAACUUUACAUAUACCCGUUUUUAAAAGAUCAGUCCUGUGAUUAAAAGUUCGGCUGCCCUAAUUCACUUCGAUUAUACAUUAGGUUAAAGCCAUAUAAAAGAGGCACUACUUCUUCGGAGAGAUGAAUGGAUAUUACAAGCAGUAAUUUUGGCUUUGGAAUAUACACAUAAUGUCCACUUGACCUCAUCUAUUUGACACAAAAUGUAAACUAAAUUAUGAGCAUCAUUAGAUACCUUGGCCUUUUCAAAUCACACAGGGUCCUGGAUCUGCUGUGUGAUGCUGGAAAAGUAACUUCACUUCUCUGGGCCUCAGCUCCUUAAUUUUUAACAUACUUUGGAUUCUUAUAUCUUUGUCAGCUGUCAACUUCAGUAUUUUCAGGUUAAACUCUAUCCAUAGUCAUCCCAAUAUACCUGCUUUAGAUGAUACAAACUUCAAAAGAUCCGGCUCUCCCUCGUAAAACGUGGAGGACAGACACCAAGGGGGUUUCGUGAGAGUAAAGAAAGGCAA